GUCAUGGAUAAAAGGGUUAUUUUCUUGGAUAUAUCCCAGAAAUAUCCCACCCCCCUUUGUUUACUGAUGAGGGUUUUUUUUAAUAUUUCAAAACGAAUUAUCUGUAGGCACUGUUAAUUGUGAUGGUAAGCUUUUAACACAAGCUGAGUAGGCUGUAAUUGUUGUACUUCACACUCGUGCAACUUUUCAAAAUGUCUGUGUCUUUGUCCUCUCUCAGGCCCCAGCCCAGCCACACCUGAUUCCUCCCACAAGAGAGGUUGCCUGUCAAACGGACCCACCAGAAAAAAAAGAACCUCUGGCACACAACUAUCUAGACGGACACUUGGGCCUCACUUCAAAAGUGAAGAGGUGCAGGCUUCUCUGUGCUGCUGUUCAGGCUCUGGUCCAUCUGCAAAACCCCUCACUGAGCAGCCACUCCCCUUCAGCUCAACCCCUGUGAAGACCCCUCGCCAGCAGGAGCUAGAAGAGGAGGAUGAGCCUGCUCUGGAGGGCAGCUCUUCACCAGCUGCGCCUGAAGACCUGGAUAGCACUUAUGAUCCACUAAAGUCUGUCCUAGAUGUGACUGCGUCGUCAGACAUUUCAGAAUUGGCUUCCACUCCAAUCCCCAACGUUAACAAGUUUAUUGUUUAUGAGACCUGCAUUAUGGAGCUUUUUGAGGUAUGCCCUGACUGCAAGCAUCCAUGCACCAUUCAAACCAGGCGACUGGGGACAUUCAUCUCUGUGUCGCAGCAGUGCACCAAUUGUGAGUCUCAGCGGACUUGGAACAGUCAACCACUCCUCAAAAACACACCAGCCGGCAACAUUCAGCUCUCUGCUGCGAUCUAUCUCAGUGGAGCAUCAUUUUUCAAAAUGAAAAGGGUCUUCAACGCUUUGCACUUGCAAACGUUUCAAUAUGACACAUUUCGAAGACACGCACGUUUUUAUAUCGAACCGGCCAUUAUAACGAAAUGGAAGGAAAGUCAGGAUGCCAUGAUGCUGCGCCUCAGGGAGGGAAGGGCCAUAGUCGGUGGUGAUAUGCGUGCAGAUUCUCCAGGCCACUCUGCGAAAUAUGGUAGCUACUCGUUGAUGGAUCUGAACACAAACACUGUGAUUGAUGUCCAGUUGGUACAGAGCAACGAGGUAGGAGGAAGCUACCAUAUGGAGCUGGAGGGCCUGAAGAGAAGCCUUGAAUUGUUGAAAGAGCGGAACGUGACACUUGACUGCAUAGUGACAGACAGACACCCGCAGAUACAAAAAUUCUUGAGGGAAUCUGGCAUCACCCAGUACUAUGAUGUUUGGCAUGUGGUGAAAGGAAUUUCUAAGAAGCUGGACAGCAUCAGCAAAAAAAAGGGUUGCCGGCCGCUGAAAAAGUGGAUACCAGCCGUAAGGAACCACACCUACUGGACUGCAGCAACAUCCACAACUAGAGGACCAGAGAGACGGGCCAAAUGGACCUCCCUCCUCAAUCAUGUCUGUGAUGUCCACACACACGAUGACCCCCUAUUCCCAGCCUGUUUACAUCCUGUUCGUGAAACAAGUGACAAGUCCAAGUGGCUGAGAGCAGGAACUCAAGCGUUUUAUGAGCUGGAGAAGAUGGCCAUGAAGACAAGACUCCUCAAUGACAUUGCGAAGCUUAGCCCUCACCAUCAGACCUCAUCGCUCGAGUCCUUCCACAGCGUCAUCUUACAGUUUGCUCCAAAGAGUGUAGUGUUUCCAUUCCUUGGGAUGCUCUGCAGGCUUUACCUGGCAGCUCUACACUACAACGAGAACACUGGACGAGACCAGGCCACCGCAUCCUCUGGGGAGCCCCUCUACCGCAUGCAUUACCCCAAGGCCAUGAAGGGAGAGGCCAGAGUGAAGCCCAUAAAAACUGAGGCAACAUUUGGAUAUGUAGAAGACUUGAUCAGCCUCAUCAUGGGACCUGUCUUCGAUGACCCGACACCUUACAGGGAAACAAUGCUGAAAAUUCGCAUCCCCCCAGACCUGUCUGCAGACAUUGAUCAUCCUGAGAAGGAGGCGGUGAUCGCCAGCUACGUUUCCCGCUUCAACCCAGGGCAGGCAGGGGCAGCGGCGGAUGCAGUGGCGGAUCCAAGGGCAGCGGGAGAGGAGGCAGCGGCAGCGGCAGAUGAGACAUGGGAAGAGGAGGCAGCUGCAGAGGAGGCAUGGGAAGAGGAGGCAGGGGCGGUGGCAGGGGGA